GACCUUCUCAAGAACCAAAAUUGUGGGUUCUCGCUAAAGCUUAGGAGCUUACUCCUCCAUCAAUUCUGCAAUUCAAACAACUUUUAACUUUGCCUUGUUCAUCACUCUGGCUUCAACAAAGUCUUUGCAUUCUGAAAUUAUGAUUCAUCCCAAUUAUUAACGUCACCAAAGACUCACGGCUUCUGAAUGUUCUGUACUGGCUAAGUAUCGAGACCACAGCAAUUGUGAAUCAGUUGUACGCUCUCCUUCAAUCGCGGGGUGAUAAAAUUGCUGCGCUCCAAUGUGAACAAAUGUUUUUGCUCUGUUCCUUGUGAUGAAGUGCGGCCUCGGCUUCUCCGAAGAAGAGGGUGGAGAAAGUUUCGUCCGCUUCCGUCGCGUGUUCGUCGUCUGCUCCAGCGCGUGGCUCUUGCUAAAUCUAAGUUUUAGGGUUACAACUCUCUUUGGUGUCUGUGGAGUGUGGUAUUUUACGAUUUCUCGCCGGUGUUGACGCAAGCUUUCGGGGGGAUUCGGUGCGCCGGGAGCCGUUUCAGCGCCGAACGUCGCCAUGAGUGAGAUAUUCGAUGGCUACGAGAGGCAGUACUGCGAGCUCUCGGCUAACCUUUCUCGCAAGUGUACCUCUGUUGCUGCGCUCCAUGGCGAGGAGAAGAAGCAGAAGCUCGCGGAGCUUAAGGCUGGGAUGGAUGAAGCAGAUUCGCUGAUUCGUCGCAUGGAUCUGGAGGCCAGAAGCCUGCCUCCGACUCAAAAAGCCACCUUAUUGGCCAAGUUGAGGGAGUACAAGUCCGAUUUGACUAACUUGAAACGAGAUGUUAAGAAGUCUGCUACAACUGAUGCAGCUGCUGCUAGGGAUGACCUUUUGGAAUCUGGGAUGGCCGAUCGUGCCAACCCUACCCACGACCAAAGAGGCAGACUGCUGAUGUCGACGGAACGCCUGAAUCAGUCUGGUGAGAGAAUCAAGGAGAGCAAGCGGACCCUUCUCGAAACGGAAGAGCUUGGUGUGUCCAUCCUGCAAGAUCUUGCCUCGCAGAGACAAACCCUUCUUCAUGCCCAGAACAAUCUGCAUGGUGUGGACGAUAACAUUGGGAAGAGUCGGCGGAUCCUGAAUUCGAUGUCUCGACGGAUGUCACGAAAUAAGUGGAUAAUGGGAAGCAUAAUUGGAGUGCUCACUCUGGCCAUUGUGUUCGUGAUUUAUGUGAAAGUGACCAAGUGAAAGUUGGGGGAAGUACUGGUUGGGUCAAGUUAUCAUAGGCUCUUCUCUUGCGUGACCAAAGAUAUCAAUUGUGUAACAUCAUUUAGCUGUGUGAAUAUCUCCUAGUGUGUAUAGAUCGAGAGAUUAAGCGAGUGCCCAAAGAAUAAGUGGGAACGAUUCUGUGGUAAGUUGUUGCACCAUUCGCUUGAAGACACUACACUGAUGGUUGCAACUGUAUACAUUCUUUUUUUUGAAAGGUCAUUAAAGACUGUCUUUAAUUAUC